AGCAGUUAUUCGACGUUCUAGAGAGUUCCAGGUGCAUUGUGGGAGCGUCUCCCGGCACCGGUCUUCUUUAGCCUUGUGAAGAUGAUGCCCACACCGGUAAUCCUGCUGAAGGAGGGCACGGAUACCUCGCAGGGUAUACCGCAGCUCAUCAGCAACAUAAAUGCCUGUCAGGUGAUUGCAGAGGCGGUGCGGACCACUUUGGGCCCCCGCGGCAUGGACAAGCUGAUUGUGGACAACAGAGGCAAAGCCACCAUCUCUAAUGAUGGUGCAACCAUCCUGAAGCUGCUCGACGUGGUCCACCCCGCAGCCAAGACGCUGGUGGACAUCGCCAGGUCCCAGGACGCUGAGGUUGGCGACGGCACCACCUCUGUAACCCUGCUCGCAGCCGAGUUCCUGAAGCAGCUGAAGCCGUACGUGGAGGAGGGGCUCCACCCCCAAACCAUCAUCCGAGCCUUCCGCACCGCCACCCAGCUCGCCGUCAAAAAGAUCAAAGAGAUCGCCGUCACCAUCAAAAAGGACGACAAGCGGGAGCACCGACAGCUGCUGGAGAAGUGUGCUGCCACUGCGCUGAACUCGAAGCUGAUCGCCGGCCAGAAGGACUUCUUCUCCACGAUCGUGGUGGAUGCAGUGAUGAUGCUGGACGAUCUGCUGCCACUCAAGAUGAUUGGCAUGAAGAAAGUGCAGGGUGGCGCUCUGGAGGACUCUCAGCUGGUGGCAGGCGUGGCCUUUAAGAAGACCUUCUCGUACGCCGGCUUUGAGAUGCAGCCCAAGCGCUACGAGAAGCCAAAGAUCGCCCUCCUCAACGUCGAGCUGGAGUUGAAGGCGGAGAAAGACAACGCUGAAGUCCGCGUUAACAAUGUGGAGGACUACCAGGCCAUAGUGGAUGCAGAGUGGAAUAUCCUGUACGAUAAGCUGGAGAAGAUCUACAAAUCUGGGGCCAAGGUGGUGUUGUCCAAACUGCCCAUUGGGGAUGUCGCCACGCAGUAUUUCGCUGACAGAGAUCUGUUCUGCGCCGGCCGAGUGCAGGAGGAGGAUCUGAAGAGAACCAUGAUGGCCUGUGGGGGCUCCAUCCAGACCAGUGUUGGCUCCCUCACUGAUGAUGUACUGGGUCAGUGUGAGAUCUUUGAGGAAGUGCAGGUUGGAGGAGAGAGGUACAACUUCUUCAGAGGCUGCCCGAAGGCCAAGACCUGCACAAUCAUCCUGAGGGGCGGGGCUGAGCAGUUUAUGGAGGAGACGGAGCGAUCGCUGCAUGAUGCCAUCAUGAUCGUCCGUAGAGCCAUCAAGAAUGACUCCAUCGUGGCAGGAGGUGGUGCUAUAGAGAUGGAGUUGUCCAAGUAUCUACGGGACUAUUCCAGAAGCAUCCCUGGCAAGCAGCAGCUGCUCAUAGGAGCUUACGCGAAGGCACUGGAGGUCAUUCCCAGACAGCUGUGUGACAACGCCGGCUUCGACGCCACCAACAUUCUCAACAAGCUCCGAGCCAGACACGCCCAGGGUGGCAUGUGGUAUGGUGUGGAUGUGAACAAUGAGGACAUCGCUGAUAACUUCCAGGCGUGCGUGUGGGAGCCCGCCAUUGUGCGCAUCAAUGCCCUGACCGCUGCCUCUGAGGCAGCCUGCCUCAUCCUGUCUGUGGACGAGACCAUCAAGAACCCUCGCUCCAACGUCGACGCUCCACCAGCUCCAGCUGGUAGGGGCAGGGGUCGUGGCAGGCCCCCACACACCCACUAGAACCACACGUACACACUCCAACCCUGGCCAGCCCAGGUCUUUGGAUGUGUAGCAUCUGGACUGUUGGAAGGUCUACAGGAUGCCGUCAGUUUUAGUCCCGUUCUACUUGCUGACCUAUUCGUUAGUCAGUGUCUAAAUGUCCUCCUCUUACACUCAUUUGUUACAAGCCGUGGAACAUGAGACAUAUCGCUGUGCUUAGUGCACUGGUGAUCAUUUUGUUAUGGGGUUUGAAAGUAAAGCAGGAUUUUAACUGGUUGGAUAGGUGCAGUUUGUAAUAGUCUGAGAUGACUUGCACACGUGUGUUGACAGAUGAGCGUGUGUGUUUUGGUUUGUUGAAGCACUGAUGUUGGACUCCAGUAUGUUCCCCUAAUGGUCUACAGUGGUCAGUAGUGGAACUAAUUUAUUGGACCAUUAAAAUCCUUUCACAUUAAA